CCUCGCGACAGCCUGGCACGAAAGUAUCAUAUGUGAAGCAGAGCGGUGAAGCCGUAUAAAUUCAUAACGCGGGGAUUUAAGUUAAUUUAUUUAAUUUCUGCGUUCAGGAGGGACGUUUUGGGACAUAUGCGACGGUGACCUCGGCGUCCAGCUGCAGCCAGAGGCGGUGCUUUGUGGCAUCAGCUACCAGGAUUAGCUUCUGCUGCUGCUUUACGGACGGGAGAGCCGCUGCUGCCGUCCGCAGAUACACUCCAAGAUCCCAAAAUAAUUGACUGAAAACGAGCUUUAAAGUUUGACUCACAGCACACAGCGAGGCCGUGGUGUCCCAAGAAGCCAGUUAUUGGUGAGUUAUCGGCGCCUCGCUAACUUCAUUUGGAUAUUUCGGAUCAGGCGCUGACAUCUGUAAAUACUGUAGCUUUUAGCACAGUUAGCUCGAAAUAAAAGACACAAUGAGCAACGAAGAGGCGACAGCGGCUUCAAAAAGCCCCGCAGAGGACGAUGGCAUGACAUGGUGGUACAGAUGGCUCUGCAAGAUCGCCGGAGUUUUGGGAGGAAUAUCCUGUGCCAUCGCAGGAGUGUGGAACUGUGUCACUGUGAACCCUUUAAACAUCGCUGCUGGAGUGUGGAUGGUGUUGAACGCCUUCGUGCUCUUCCUCUGCGAAGUCCCUUUCUGCUGCCAGUUCAUCGAGUUUGCUAACGCGGUGGCGGCCCGCGCAGACAAGCUCAAGCCCUGGCAGAAAGCCGUCUUCUACUGCGGGAUGGCCCUGUUCCCCGUCUUCUUGAGUUUCACCUUCACCACUUUAUUUGGAAACGCCAUCGCCUUCGCCACAGGCGUUCUGUACGGCCUCGCCUCUUUGGGCAAAAAGGGAGACGCCGUGACGUACGCCCGGCUGCAGCACCAGAAGCAGGGGGAUGAAGAGAGGAUGACAGGAACGACAAACGGCGCUCCGGAGUGAACCCUCCUCCUCCUCCUCCUCCUCCUACCUCUAAAUCCCGUCACUACAGAACACUUUUAUUUAUUUCACUCCAAACUGCUGCAUCCUGACCGAUUUUUAUCCAAACUGACGUUGGAUUAAUCUCCUGAUUCGGAACCCCGUGUGUUCGUGGAGUUUCUCAUGGUGUCUUCAUCCCUUGUGAAUGUUUUGAACUCUGUUAAUUGGAUUUUGUGUUUGUGAAUGUUUUCGUUUGUUUUGGGUUUUUUUUUUGCGGUUCACUGCAGAGCCGAACAAAAGGAGUGUGGCUUUCCUCGGUCCAGCUUCACUUCAUCUCACUUAAAAGCCGCUGUAGCUCCCAGAAUUCCUCUGAUUUUCCUCUAACCCAACCGUCGUAGGUCUAAUGAGAUGAAAGCAGACAGGCUCUGCAGCGGGCGCCAUUUUAAUUCUUUUUUUUUUUUUUUACCCAAAAGCCUUCCAACUCGACUGUGCCGUCUUCAGGUUCUUCAGUCCGACUUUGCGGCGGCGAUUAAGAGUUGCGUGACGGAGGGAGAACGGGGCGCCGGCAUUAGCCAAGCGGUACUCAGACUCGUCAUUCAGGAUUUGGCAGCAUCCUGUACUUGGCGUCGCUCGCCGCGCGACGACAGUGGGCGGAUUUUGUUUCAGCAUCAGCAGAAACGACCAAAAAAAAAAUUAAAUAUUUGGAGGUUAAAUCACGAUCCGGAGUUUUAGAGCUGCAUUAUCAUGAGGAAGAAGUAGCUUAAUAAAGGGAAAGUCGGUUAUUUUCAGUUAGUCUCUCUAUGCACUCUACAGGUGCAUAGAAAGGCUCAGCUCAGACUCGAACCAGGAACCGUCUCCCUGUGAGGCAAGAGUGCUGACCACUUCUCACAGUCGAGUUCCAUUAGUAACAAUUUCAUGAUAAAAAGAAGAAAGUCUGAACUGUGUGUUUGAAUUAAAGAUCCUCUUUGUGUUGAUUAAAAAAACAUGAAGGUUUAUUUCCACGAUUUUUCCUCAAGAACCAAAGUCUUAAAAUAAAGACUAAAGACUUUCUCCCAUGAGCCCCUGCACUCCCAUAAAGCAGAGUGAUUCCGGCAUCGUGUCCGCUGAGUGCACACGGCUCCGAACCGCAGCGUCUGUAAACAUACAUGGGGAUAUUUUUAACAAGGCGGGAAUGUAUCUGUCUGGUAAACCCAAAGAUCGAGACCUCUCAUCUUUUAUUUUUGUUUUGGGGCUUUUAUAUAUAUUUUCCCUCCUCAGCUGGGACUCUAAACCGUUGCAUGACUCAGCCGGUUUUCGUGCGAUCGCCACGCCGAGGCUGCCCUGAGUGCGUUAUCUAACCGGGAACCUGAAUGUGCUCUCCUUUCUAAGAUAUUUUGUACCUAUUUAUUUAUUUUGUUUGCUUUGUUACUGAACAUCUACUGAUCCCCGUUCCUCUGACUCCAGUCCUCUGGCGGCUGAUUGAGGAGGAGAUGGAUUUAUUCAGGGAGCGAUCGGCUCCGCCAGAGUUCAGCUCUGUCCGAGUCGAGGUGUGCGGUGGUCAGUAACGUCCGACUCGUCACACACUCUCACACACUCGCAUCGCCACCAGCUCUCAGGUGUCAUACCGAACGACGCACAGUGUUUACCUUCAGAUCUUAAGAAUGUGAAAUCUAGCAGAAGCUCGACCUCGUAGAACAGCUUUCAUCACUUGAAGAAAAAAAAAACAAAACACUUGUGAUGCAUUUUAAAACGUGCACAACCAGCAUUGACAAGUGUGAAACCACCACAUCUCCUGCAGAUCGACACUACAGCCUCCUCAGCUCAGCCAGCCGUCCACUGCUAAUGCUUUAUGCGUUCAGUCAUGGAGUGUGUGUGCUCGUAUGUGUGUGUGCGUGUGUUUUGCUGUAAGGGAUGUGUGUAAGUUGUGUGUUGUGAAUUAAACCGACUUGCUACUAUGA